GCCAGCCGGUAUUAAUAUUCAGAAUAAAGAAAGUGAAAAUCUCGCGUGAUAUUUUCUGCCCAAGUAUCGCGAAGCUAGAAAGGGAGAGCAUCAGAGCAAGACACUGAUCCUGAGGCAGGUUCUCGAUUGACAAUGGCGGACGAAGACUUUGAGAUGGACGGAGGGUAUGAGGAGGAACCAUUGGACCCUGAGCCAGAGGAAGGGGCUGAGUUGGAAGAAGAAAAUAAUAAUGAAGAAGGCCCUGAUCCAGUUCUUGGUGAAAAUGAAGAAAAGCAAGAUGUGCCAGUUGAACGCCCUCGGAAAACUUCCAAGUAUAUGACGAAAUAUGAACGUGCUAGGAUUUUGGGAACUCGUGCUCUGCAAAUCAGCAUGAAUGCUCCUGUCAUGGUUGAGCUGGAGGGUGAAACUGAUCCACUUGAGAUUGCAAUGAAGGAGCUUAGAGAGAGGAAGAUACCCUUCACUAUCCGCCGUUACCUUCCGGAUGGAAGUUAUGAGGAUUGGGGAGUCAAUGAAUUGAUCGUGGAGGACUCGUGGAAAAGACAAGUGGGAGGUGAUUGAGAACUUGCAAAAUCUAGUAAAUGGUUAUUUUGAGGGCGGUACCUGUCAUCAAAAGCAGAAUGCUUAGAGUAUUUGAAACUGUUCUAGCUGAUGAUAUGGUAGAUUUGUCACAGACUUUUAGUUGUAUGUAUUGUGGUGAUAUUGAGUAACAAAAUUAAGUUCUUCUUGAACAGUUGCCAGAAUAAAAAACAGAUUGCAUCUCGUCAAUCUCUUUAGUACUUGACUCUAUUGUGUGUUUUUAUUUUAGUAUCUAUACGUGGGUUGUAUACGUAGCCACGCUGCAGUUGUAUGUGAAGUAUAUUGAUAGUGAUGGUUGACCCA